GGGGGUUUAUCAUGGGGGCAGAGGGGUUGUGGUGGUUGUUAUGAGGGAGUAGGGGAUAGGGUGGUUGAAGGUGCGUGGAACCAAAAGGACAUCCUACCCACCACAAGGUAAGCCGGGUGAUGUAUAUCUCUACAAGGUGGCCAGCUAGGAGGCUUAUGGGAGCCCGUAUUUAGAGGGCGGUAGGGGCUAUCAUCAAGGACAGGAAAGGGGGAGGUUGGACCUAUGGUUGAGAGAAAGCAGGGCCGAGGCUAUCUCCUCUCGGUUCUCGUUACCUUACUUUCUGCCGGUCAUAGUUACCUGAGGUGAAUUCCAGGAUGUUUUACCACCCGGUGUUGCAUCCAGCCAAUCGGAAGCGAUAUGCUGAGGCUGCCCAACCUGCCCUCUUGAUCCUGUCGCUCAUCACCAACUCUCCGUUCGUCCCAUUUCGCUACACGGCCCUCGUGAGGGCAUGGAUACAUCAUGACCGACAAAGUCAAUGUCGACAGUGCAACUUGUCCCGAAGACGCAAACUCAACCGACUGCCUGUUGCGACUUGUCCUCGCUGCACUUGAUAAACAGACAACCAACACAGCGGAAGAAUUCAACUGGGACCCUCUCACCUUCUUCUUCACUGCACCCAUCGGUCUUUUCGCCGCGCUUUUCGCUGCCAUUACUAUUUAUCAAGCAGUCCUGUCAUCUGGACCGGGACGUCGAAAAUCCAAUCGUCGAGCGAUUGGUCCCUGGGCUCUGAAGACCAAAACAGAAUGGAGUUGGAGGGACUUGAACAGCUUGUCCAUUGCUUCGACACCCGUCCUUCGCGCCGAUGAUUUUUUGCAAACAAUGGGAGGGCGGAGGGAGUGGCAUAUCUUUCGGGAAUCUCGCGAAUCCCAAGACAAAGUGCUUUCCAGCACAGAAGGCGCCCGGACCCUUUAUGGAACGAUGUGCUUGAGAAGACUUGAACGGGUUGGUGAGGAGUACAACAAAUUUUUCGGUACCGAGAAACCCGGUCAGUGUAGCGCGACCUGGCUACGGUUCCUGAGCCACGUCAAGCUCCAUAGAAUCACAUUCGGAACGGCACUUGUCGAGACGACUAUGGCGGAUUACCUUCCAGCCGAUCUCGUGGCUGCGCCAGCAUAUGCCGAGAUUGGCUUUCUCAUUGCAGCAGCAGCAGCAUCCGGAGCCCACUCAAUGAUAUUCACUGGGUCCGAAUCAUCGUACUAUCCGGUUAUCAUUGGAGACAGUUUUCAGCUCGACUUUCGCCAACACCCCGUCUUGGGGAUCGUGGGCGUGUUUUCUCAGCACGGGCAGCUUUCUCGCCUACCUUUGAAGGAGCACGAUAAAAAGACGAAUGAGCCUUUCGCAAGCCGUCCCAUCUGGCAUGAUUAUCGCCAAAGCACCAAAGCCAUAGUAGCUAUACUGCACGCCCGGGGCGAGGUGUAUUGCUGGCCUCAGUGGAACCAUCGUUCUCGAGGGUGUCAAUUGCUAAAUACCAUAACACUGAGAAAAUGGCUACCUAUCGGUAUCACCCAGUCGAUGCACGACAUUUAUUGGCAGGAGUCAUGCCGCAGAUUUGCUGAUGGCUAUGGAGAACUGCAAUGGUUACUGGGGGCUGAUAUCGAGUUAAACGGUAUUCCAUCAAUCUUCCCUGGGAAGCUGUCAAGACGCAACCCUAACCUCCUUUCGCUCCUUGCACUUCACCACAAUUUCUGGUGUCAUUCAGGCGGGAUCAGAAUGGACAGUUCGGUCUCCCAUAGCUCCAGAUCAACCCUUGUUGCCUUUCCAGAAGAGGUCACCGUCAGCAUGCGGGGCUCUGAAUCUUCAAGAUUGAGAAUUCGUCUUGUUAUGGACACCUCAGUUCUCCCUACGGAUGUCACGGCAAAAAUGAUUGCUGGUAUCUCCAGAUUCAUUGACGGAGAAGAUAUUGAUCAGCUCCGAUGGAGCGACGAAUUCGGCUUUCACUUCACCGAAAUUCAAGCCAUGAAUCUCAUGUCAGAUGUUCGCUUACAUUUAGGAAACAAAUCAAAAGAACCCCAAGGCGACCGACCUGUCACUCACGUAGUGGUUAGAACUCCACUUCUUGAUGUCUGCCAGGACCUUGUGUUUGGGUUGGACAAGUUUCAGGCAAGGCUUGACGCCAUGUCCGCGCUCGAGCGUCAGUACUUACGUGCUCUGAUCUAUCUGCAAAUUAAGAUGCUCGAUUAUUGGCUUCUUGCGGUUUGUGGCGAGUACCUCCCGAUAGCACGAACUUUGCGGCUGCUUGUUGUUACUGCAAUUUUACUGGACGGGGAAACCCAGGUUCAACAUGGUGAAGAGGAGGGAGUGGUUGUUGGAUCACACCCACACCGACAGUGGAAUCAUGACAUUGUGGACUCGUCACCGUACCGGCCGCCUACUGCAAAGCACCUUAACACUUUGGAAAAUCUUGACAGUUUCCUCGAAGCGACAAGUGACCCCAACAGUCACCAUCUGUUCCCAGGUGUAAAUCGAACCAUGGAAAAGAUACACCCGUGGGGCUGGGAUAACUCGGUCGUCAAAGCCUUGAAAAACUUUCUGGAUAAAUGUCACCGCAACCAUGGGCCUAGGAAGGGCAUGGUCCCGGGAACCCGUCUUGGUCGUGGUGGUUCGACGACUGCUCAGGGUUCCCAGGCACAGCAUGAUGAUGGGCCGGAAGUAGAGACUGAUGGGGAAGGUCUCAACUACCAACCUCCAGACAGAGACAUCCAAUUCGGUGAGAGCGAGACAAGAACGUUCGAGGAAGUAUUGGAUGAUCUUCUUGUCUGGAGGGCUCUCUUGGUUGCGGCAUUGUUUUGGUCGGCUCCUGACAAUAGCCAGGUUUUGAAGUCGGGAAUAUGGGAACAGGUCAUUCCCGUUCUUUAGCAAGACGCCCAAAAUAGAUAAGAUAUUUCGGUUUCCAGAUUCUCUUGGGGGAAUUAUCAACUACCUACAUAGUACCUAGUGACUUGCAGGCCUAGGUGCCGACCUAGGUAAAGCUCAACUACAAAGGGUAAGGCAGCGUCAUGCCGCUUUUAUAUCUG